AUGGAAUCCACAUUUAAACCUACACAAGUGACUAUGGAAGAUGUAGGUGAAAGAUUUAAGAGGUAAAUUCUACACAGCUCAAAAAAGCAUAUUAUUUGGCAUUUUGAAUUAGACAAUGAAAAACACGCCGCAGAGCUCGAAUGCUCAUAUUUGACUAAUAAAAGAAGGGUCACUUUUGAUGGAACCUUAAUGUUUACAGGCUAUAAGCCAAUUGGCGGGGUUUUCCAGUACAGAUUUUUCCAUAUGAAGCAUGUAAUUACUAUUGACAACCCUGGCGCAGAUGCAGAUUUAUUAGUAGACAGCUUAUCUUUUAAUGAUCUUUAUGGGCAGAAGAUCUGGGAAAGAAUGUAUGGCAAAGACUCCGCCUCAAGGCAGCCGCAUAAAGACCAAGUCCCCGAGUACCCUACAGAAACCUUUAAAAAGGCUGGAGAAGAGCCUAACAUUCAGCCUAGAAAAGCCCAUGAAAUUGACUUAAUUGGGCAAAAACCAAAAAAUGAAAUAAAAAUGGCUAAAGAAAUGGAUUUACUUGAAGACAUGCCAGGGAAUAAAAUUGAGUUUGAUUUAUUACCAGGAAAUGCAAAGCCUGCUAGGGCUAAGCUGAAAGAUGAUUUUUUAGAAUUGGAUGCAGAGGAAAAUAAAGGGUCAGAUUUAUUAAGUUUGGAAGGCUUAGAUAUAAAAGCCAAUGAAAAUGCAUUUGAUACUGUUUUUGAUAAUAAGCCAAAACCUACUAAUAAAAAUUUAGAUCUUUUUGCUGAUAUACAGAAAACAGAUAAUAAAGCUAAACCAGCUGGGAGUACGCUAAAUAUGGAUCUUUUUGCAGAUAUGCCGAAGUCAGCGAGCUUUACUGGGGAUAUUUUUAGUAAACCAGCGGUAAAUAUAACUAAUAAACAAGCCAAUUCGUCGUUAUUGGAUUUUGCGAGUAGUAAUAAUGACUUGUUUUCAAGCACAAAACAGCUUCAGGCCAGCAGUGCAAACCCUUUGGACUCGUUAUUUAGUAUGGAUACAGAGAAAACUCAAACAAAAAGUGCAACUAGCACCAGUGUACAGCCAGAUCUUUUUAGUUUCCAGCAAAAUUCUAAUAAAAAUACAGAAAGUUUAAUGAACUCAUCACAACCAAGUGGCAAAAAAGACGAAAAAUCAGCCUUUGAUGAUUUAUUUUCAUAA